GAUGCGUCGCUUUUGCUUGAAGCACUGGCGUCCAUGAACGCCAUUUGCGGCGUCGAGUCCCCGGAACAGUUGUCGGAGGAUACUUACAGCAGACUGGAAUCUAAAUUGAGGCUGAGAUCGAUUUCGACGCCUGACCUGAUUCUCAAGUAUUACCACACGAGACGAGAAAACGCGGCUGACGCGACUGUUGUCACUGGCUUGAUCACUGUGCAAGCCUGCAGGACGGCGACCGGGGUUUUUGUUUACGUCUUGAACGGACGUGGCAUGCAAGGUCAUGGUCGUGACAGGAGCGAAGAUAUGCGAAAAGUUCGCCGAGGUUCUGGAACAAUGCUUGCGCCUCCUCUUCUAACAUCAUCGCCUGGAUCAUCGAUGAGAAAAUCCGGAAAAGAUCCUCACAUCAGCACGAGGAAGAUCGUGAAUGCUAUGGCUGAGAUCAUGAAAUCAGUUUGCGAUUCACCAACAGGACGAAUAGGGUCAUUUUCUGCUACGGGAGACGAAUCUAUGCCUGGAGCAAUGACUUGCGAGUCGGUGGAGGACGAUUCCAAAACGUCUGGCUAUGACACGAACGAAACGUAUUCUGAUACCAGUUCAGAAUCAGGUCAAACUAUUCCCUCAGAUCCUGAUAAACUUCGCAACAUGCUGACGAGUACCAGGAGAUCUUUAACGCUAUUGAUGGAAUCUGGUGUUGAGCAACUGGACGGAAAAUUGACUCGCCUGCGACGUGCCGUUGUGAAUAAGUUGGUUGAGAGUUUGAUGGUGAGCUUACAAGAGUGCUGCAAAAACUCGGCCUCGACGGGUUCUUUGCUUUUGGACAGAGCUUUGACCAGAAUUGACAAUUCUCUGAGCUGCUUACACAGCAACGUGCCUGAUUCCAUUUGUCGCGAUUUUCUGGAUCAAGUCUGGGCUUCAUACCUCGUUUCCGCCGAGAUCCUUGCCGACAAAUUUCCGAAUGAUGCGUCGCUUUUGCUUGAAGCACUGGCGUCCAUGAACGCCAUUUGCGGCGUCGAGUCCCCAGAACAGUUGUCGGAGGAUACUUACAGCAGACUGGAAUCUAAAUUGAGGCUGAGAUCGAUUUCGACGCCUGACCUGAUUCUCAAGUAUUACCACACGAGACGAAAAAACGCGGCUGACGCGACUGUUGUCACUGGCUUGAUCACUGUGCAAGCCUGCAGGACGGCGACCGGGGUUUUUGUUUACGUCUUGAACGGACGUGACAUGCAAGGUCAUGGUCGUGACACGCCAUGUUCGUAUAUUUCUAUUCGGAUUUUUGGGCGUUGGUGUGACAACGAGGAAUCACUCGACUUGAACAAAGGAAAAACUCCGGUUCAAAAGGUGACGAAGACGCCGCUUUAUGAGCACGAGAUAAAUUUAAAAAUUCCCGAGCAAGCAGAUUGUAAAGACGCCGUGUUGAUCGUGACGGCCAACGAUCAACAUCAUUUUAAGCGAAAUUAUUUCUUGGGAGAAGCCGUUCUACCCAUUUCAGAGAUCUCAGAAGCGAAGGAAAAUGUACGAAAAUAUGAUUUACCGCAGAUCUGCUUGCCACUCACGCUUCCCGGAGGUUCAAAUGAAGAAAGAGAUAUCUUGAAUUUGUUGCAAAGCCGGACUGACGACAAGCUGGCGACUGAAUUUGAGAAGAAGCAACGAAGACGCAUUCCGAAAUUACGCCAUGGAAUGAUGGGUUCCUAUCUCAACAAACAGGAAGGGAUCGAGGCUCAUCUUGGGGAGAAACAGCGACUUGCGAGACUUUCCUUGCGAUCUUGGGACGAAUUUCGGGAAAUAUACUUGAAUAAUUUUCUGGUUCGUCGGGAGAUCGGCUCUGACUCCUUGAAAAACAUCCGGAGUUGGAUCAUCCAAUCACUGGAAUCCCACGGCUGGGACGUGGAACUUCAUUCAUUCAUCAAAAGUGUUCCGGACGUCGACGAAAUCAUGACAGGAUCCAAAGAGUUCGUCAAUAUCAUAGCUACAAGAGAUCCUCUCGCUUGCAAGAAGGUCGUUGUUGCGUGUCAUUACGAGUCCAAGUACUUCAAUGCCAAUAGCGAAUUCUUGGGAGCUAUGGAUUCUGCUGUUCCUUGCGCUCUGUUGCUGAGCAUCAGUGAAACUUUCAGUCCAUCGCCUCAAGAAUCUAAUAAAUUACUGCGCCGAGAAACUGUGGAUUGUGUCGAUGGAACCACGUUGCAGCUCAUAUUUUUCGAUGGAGAAGAGGCUGUUAAAGCUUGGGUUGAUGGUGACAAGUUAUACGGAUCCACUGCUUUGGCAGAAUUGUGGGAAACUGAAGGGAAACUUGAAGAUAUUCAGCUGUUCAUUCUCAUGGAUUUACUGGACAAACAGGAAGGGAUCGAGGCUCAUCUUGGGGAGAAACAGCGACUUGCGAGACUUUCCUUGCGAUCUUGGGACGAAUUUCGGGAAAUAUACUUGAAUAAUUUUCUGGUUCGUCGGGAGAUCGGCUCUGACUCCUUGAAAAACAUCCGGAGUUGGAUCAUCCAAUCACUGGAAUCCCACGGCUGGGACGUGGAACUUCAUUCAUUCAUCAAAAGUGUUCCGGACGUCGACGAAAUCAUGACAGGAUCCAAAGAGUUCGUCAAUAUCAUAGCCACAAGAGAUCCUCUCGCUUGCAAGAAGGUCCGAUAAUUUCUUCAUUUCAAUUACUGCAUUGUAUAUUAUCAGUGGCGGCCUUAGGGUGGGGCGAGAGGGGCGGCCGCCCCAGGCCCCGCGCUUGAGGGGGCCCUGCACUUGAGGAGGGCCCCUCUGUACUGUGGCUCUAAAAUUUGGCUGUCCCCCUCAAAAUUUUUUCCACCUGCAAUGAAACUGGAAGGAGUGGGGCCCCCUUCCAAAUGGACUAGUUUAUUCCUACCU